UCUGUCACAUUGUGUCAUUGGGCAGGACACUAACAUUAUUUCAUGUUUGUGAGAUUAUUGUCCACACGUUCCCCCCAAACACUGCCACUUCUCAUCAGGAGACAUGGGCUCGGGAGAGAGCACGACCAGGAAGGUAUCUUUCGGUGUGGAUGAUGAGGACAGAGUCAGGAUUCUCCGCGGAGUCAAGCUGUCGGAGGAUGUUCUUCAGAGGAUGCGAGGAGUAGCCAACAUCGCUCCAGAACGCACAUCAUCACCAACCUCCAGCCCUCGGAAAGACACAGGGACGUCUCACUCAGGAUCUCCACCGCGGAAGAGUCCGCAGCACCGAGCCCCCCCGACGCCCCCACCCGGGAAACCCUCCUCCCAGGCCAAGGAAGAACAGAAGAGGUACGAGCGGCAGCAGACGAUGCUGAAGGAGGAGAUGGCCAAGGCGGCCCAGAGAGAGCAGGAGGAGGCGGCCAAAGCCGCGAGCCGGGAGCGGCUGCACGCCCGCCAGGAGGCUCAGAAGGUCAAACAGCUGGCUCAGCAGCUCCAGAAGAAAGACUCACAGCUGAAAGCACUGGAUGCCUUCUACAAGGAACAGCUGGCACAACUGGAGAAGAGGAAUCUGGAGCGAUAUCGUGAGAGCAAAGAGCAGUUCCAUGAAGCUGCCUCAAAGACGGAAGCAAACAUCAGAGCCCGAAACACGGACCCGGUGUGCUCCGGCCUGCAGGCCCAGAUCCUGUCCUGCUACAGGGAGAGCGGGGAUCGGAGCCUGGGCUGCUCGGACCUGGCCAGAGAAUACCUGCAGUGCAUCAACGCAGCAAAAAAGAACCUGCUGAUCAACCACGGAUGAAGAACGGGAGGAAAAGGCUCCAGGUGUUAUUUGACGUAGGCGCUGAGGGCGACGCUUGUUGCCGUUUUGAGUUUUGAGAGUUGAAUUUGCUGUUAGCAUGCCUCGUUUUUUACAGCCAUCUUUUUCUGCUAUUUAUCUGCAUCAUCAUGUGUUCGGGCGAAGACGUUACUCUGCGCUGCGGCUUCUGAAAGGUCAUUUUGGUGAAGAAGUUCUAGCAGUUUGGAUGAAUUCAGGCUCAUUGAGAGAAGCUCCUGUGAUGCGUUCAGGAUCAGUCCGCCAUCUGCUGAAUGUACAAUUCAGUUAUAACGUCCAAACCUGAAGGAAUGAAUGAAAGUGAGCUGAAUGGAGAACGUGAAGGCCACGCAAGGUUUGGUCUCCAACUGAAAGAACUGAUUCAACUGUUUUCCUUUUUUUCAGUUUGAUGGUUUUGUAUUCUUUUUAAAACGGCACAGGAAUCAGCUCAGGUAAUCCUGACCAUGGCUUUAGUUUCAUAUGACCUGUCAUGUAUUAUUUGAUUCUAUUAAACGUUUCACAUCCUGUGACUCAUUUGUUUCUCUACUUUUUUAUUUUAAUUGAAAACUUUGCAACGCCUUUCCCUUUUGUGCUUCUUUCACUUUUAAGAUCUCAUGUACAUUCUCUGUCCCAAAAUUAAAGCACUUAAUUUUGAACGAGUUCACAAAAGCUUCAACUGGAACUGAAGGUUGGAGCUCAGCUUUAUUUUUUUAAUGCGCUGUGUGAAGCAGUUAGUUGCCUGAUUUUCUGUAAAAUCCAAAGUAAACUAUUGAAUCUGUUUUUUCUGUAAAAUGUAUGAUAAGUUAUGAGUUAAU